AUGGCUUCCCUCGACGACAAGUCCAGAGCUCUGCUCCAGAAGGCCUACCCUCAGACCCCCGAGCUUGAGGGUGACAUGAUCAAGUUGUCCUCGUCGCUCUUCCCCAAGGCCGAGUACUCGACCAACGAGAAGACCGAGAUUGAACAGUGGCUCAUCACCUCAUCGCACAUUGCCUCUACCACCGAGGAUGCCGCUAAGACCGCCGAGCGCCUGUCUUCGCUCAACACUCACCUCAGCACCCGCACCACCCUCCUCGGCUCCAAGCCCUCGGUCGCCGACAUUGCCCUCUACGCCCGCGUCGCUCCUGUUAUCGCUUCGUGGUCAGACGAGCAGCGCACCGGCGAGCAGGGCUACCACCACAUUGUCCGUCACGCCGACUUUGUCCAGAACUCCCCCCUCUUUGGCUUGAAGGUCGAGGAUGCCGAGAAGGUCAAGAUUGACCAGGACAACGUCAUCUUCAAGAUCAAGCCUAUUGACUUGAAGGCCGAGAAGGAGCGCAAGAAGAAGGAGAAGGAAUUGGCUGCUCAGGGUGCCACCAGCGCUGCCAACGCCGGCGCAACUGUCACCUCGGCAGCUGCUCCCGAGGCUCAGCAGAAGUCAGUUGCCGAGAAGGCUACUGAGCAGGCUGAGAAGGUCAAGGAGCAGGCCAAGACCGCUGGCGAGAAGGUUGCUGAUGCCGUUGGUGCUGAGACUCCCGGUGUGAGCAAGAAGACCGAGAAGAAGGCAAAGAAGGAGAAGGCGCCUAAGCAGCCCAAGGCUCCCGCCGCACCCGAGAAGCCCUUCUCACCCGCUCUUAUUGAUCUCCGUAUCGGCCACAUUCUCAAGGCCGAGCGUCACCCUAACGCCGACAGCUUGUACGUCUCUACCAUCAAUGUUGGUGACGCUCCUGGCACCGACAACACCUCCGAGUACGAGGGUCAGACCUGCCGUACCGUCUGUUCUGGCCUGAACGGUCUUGUGCCCCUCGAGGAGAUGCAGGGCCGCAAGAUUGUCACCGUCUGCAACCUCAAGCCCGUCACCAUGCGCGGCGUCAAGUCAUGCGCCAUGGUUUUGGCCGCCUCACCACGCGUGAAGGAGGGUGAGGAGGACCACCACGGUGGCCCCGUUGAGCUUGUCAACGUUCCCGAAGGUGCUGUUGCUGGCGACCGCGUCUACUUCGACGGCUACGAGGGCGAGCCCGAGGCUGUUCUUAAUCCCAAGAAGAAGAUUUGGGAGGCCUUCCAGCCCGGUUUCACCACCCUUGACAACCUCGAGGUUGCCUUCGAGGUCUCAGCUGUCCCUCAGCUCGCCGAGAAGGGUGACAGCGGUGUCAGACAGCUGAAGACCAAGUCUGGCGUCUGCACCGUCAAGUCGCUCGCCGGCGCUACCGUCCGAUAA